AUGGCUUUUAAUUUCGAGAGUGGACAGUUCAACAGUGAGAGCACACCAACCAAGUUGGGCAACUGGCAAGUCCCACGUUGGGCGCCAACAAGGGCCCGCGCUGUUGAGUACCGCCCCGACCCAAAGCCAAUAUGUGACAUGAACGGGCACUUCCUGCCCGGGGCACCUAGAGGCACCUCCAGGUGUUUUGGGCACUAUACCGGCACUUGGGACCUUCCUAGGAAGAUUACCAGGCAAGUCGCCGCGGAAUUGGCAAAGGAACCCCCAGAUGGUAGAUUUCCGGAUUGGCUGAAUCUCCGCGUACAGAGGCCUAAAGCGGCCGCGGCGGCGAGGAAGGCAGCGCGCCUGCGCGCCGCACAGCGCGGCAAGCCGGCCGUAGUAGAGGAACCCGAGCCAGUAGAUGAACAGUUGUUCAAACCUCGGUUGUGCCCAUUCCACAUGCAUGUUGCAAAAACAUAA